AUGGACGAAGAAUCCGCAUUCGGGAGGGAUGAGAAUGAUACUGAUAAGGUGACUAAGACUGAUAACGAUAAUUUGAACGAAGAUGAUGACAGCAGCGACAACGAUUCCGUCUCGUCAUAUGAUAUCUUACCUUUGGAGGAUUUUGAUAAUAGUGAACAUGGCGCAAAUAGUGAAAACGAAGAUGUGGAUGUUGACAAUGAGGAGUCUGAUGGUCCUAGCGGUGAUCACGAUGAGGGAGAGAUCGAUAUUGAGGAGGCUCAAAGGCAGCAGAAGAUGCUGGAGACACAUUGGAAGGUCAUGGCUAUGACCUUUCGGUCGCAAGGGGAUGCAUACAUAUUCUACAACAAUCACACCAAAGAGCACGGGUUUAGCAUCAGGAAACAGAAGGUGAAACGAGGUGCUUCAGGAAUGAUACGGUACCGGCGGUUUCUUUGCUCCAGGGCAGGGAGAAGGCAGAGCAAGUUCAUAACCAUGGAGGGCCGCAAGCGCAGGCUUAGACCGGAGACUCAUUGCGACUACGGUGCACAUAUGGUGGUGAAGCUGGACAGAGAACGUGCCGUUUGGUUCCUCGCAUCAUUCGUGGAUGAUCACAACCACGCGAUGGCUCGACCCGAUGAGGUUUGUUUUUUGUGGUCACACAGACGGAUUGGAGAUGGCAAGAGGGCCGAGAUAUUGGCGAUGGAAGCGGCCAGGAUAAGAAAGCAUAUACUAAUGCAUAACUUCAUCAGCAGAUACGGUUCGUACAAUAAGUGCGGGCUUAUCAGGAGGGACAUUUACAAUCUUUGUUGCAGAGAAAAAAUGAAGCUCAUUGCAAAGGGUGAUGCAGAGACGGCAGUUGGCAUUAUGAGGAGCAAGAAGGAGAAGGACCCUGAGUUUUUUUUUGAGUAUGUGCUUGUGGUCGUGUUUGAUAGCACGUAUAAGAUGAACAGAUAUGGUAUGCCGUUCGUCCCCUUUGUCGGAGUUAACAACCACCGUUGCACCACAGUGUUUGGUUGUGCCAUCAUUGCUGACAAGAUGGAAGGGACAUACGUGUGGCUGCUGCAGACAUUUAUGAAGGCAAACUAUCAGGUGAAGCCAAAGUCAAUAAUCACAGACGGUGACACUGCAAUGAUCCGGGCUAUUUGGAUUGUCCUUUCAGAUGUUUUCCAUCGUCUUUGCUCCUGGCAUAUCGAGAAAAAUAUGCAGAGGCACCUGCAUUACAAGUCACUGGAUGAGUUCAAAUCGCUCCUGUACUAUGCCACCUCUCAAGCGAACUUUGAGCAGAGAUGGACCGCUUUCUAUGAUAAGUGGAAGACGGAUAGAACUGAAGAGUAG